UGUUACCGAGGUAACGAGGAGCGCGUGGGGCUCUGGAAGACUCUUUAAAAUACAGCUACCCUUGAGAAAUGGCGGCAGCAGUUUUCCAUGCCCCAAAGCGGAAAAGAAGAGUGUGUGAGAGUUAUGAGUCCCCAUUGCCGAUCCCUUUUGGUCAGGACAGGGGGCCUAAGAAAGACUUCAGAAUGUUCACUGCCGAAAUGAUAAACAACAACGUAAUUGUGAGGAAUGCAGAAGAUAUGGAGCAGCUCUAUGGGAAGGGUUAUUUUGGAAAAGGUAUCCUGUCUAGAAGCCGUCCAAACUUCACAAUUUCAGAUCCUAAGCUCGUUGCUAAGUGGAAAGAUAUGAAGACAGACAUGCCUAUAAUCACGUCAGAGAAGUAUCAGCGUAGUAUAGAAUGGGCCACAAAGCUCAUGCAAAGACAGGGGCAGGAUGAGAGUACAGUGCAGAGAGUCCUCGAGGAUUACACAAAACCACGUGAGCAUCCUGGUAUAAAAAGGAAUGAAGAGUUUGAAUGGCAUGAUGAGCUGAACUCUGAAACCAUUCCCAAAAUCAAAGGUACUGCAGAUAGAGAGGAACUUUCUGUGAUGAAUGGGGACUCGGAGAUGUCACUAGAACUGGAAGGUCCCAACAAGCAAUCAGACCACCUACAAGAGAGCUCGGGGCCUGGCCCACUGACUCCAGAGGGCUUGGAUGGGCAUGCGGUAGAGGUUGCCACACUGCAGCACUGCCCCCCGCCCCGGGUUCACUGCAGCACAGAUGUUCUCUCCCAGCAUGACGUUCGGUCUGGAGACAGGAGCCAGCAAGUGGGUCUCUUCUGUGCCAGAGAGAGAGGGCCCAGUGAUGAGUACGUGCUGGUGGAGGAAGAUGUGUAUGAUGUGAGCGAGAAGGAUUGUGCCUCUCAUGAGGAAUUGGCACCAAAAAAGAGAUUAAUAUGCAGAAGAAAUCCAUAUCGGAUCUUGGAGUAUUUGCAACUUAGCCUGGAAGAGGCCUUUUUCCUGGUCUAUGCUCUAGGAUGUCUCAGCAUCUACUAUGAGAAGGAGCCUUUAACAAUCCUGAAGCUCUGGAAAGCUUUCCCUGUAGUUCAGCCCACAUUCAGAACUACGUACAUGGCAUACCAUUACUUCCGGAGCAAAGGCUGGGUGCCCAAAGUGGGACUGAAGUAUGGGACGGAUUUGCUGUUGUAUCGGAAAGGCCCUCCAUUUUACCAUGCAAGUUAUUCGGUCAUUAUUGAGUUAGUUGACGACCGUUUUGAAGGCUCUCUUCGCAGACCUUUCAGCUGGAGGUCACUGGCUGCCCUGAGCAGAGUUUCAGUUAAUGUCUCCAAGGAACUCAUGCUGUGCUAUUUGAUUAAACCCUCUACCAUGACUGACAAAGAGAUGGAGUCUCCAGAGUGUAUGAAACGAAUCAAAGUUCAGGAGGUGAUUCUCAGCCGUUGGGUUUCUUCACGAGAGAGGAGUGACCAAGACGAGCUUUAACAAUUCAACCUCAGAAUUCUGAUUUACCAACAAAUACUGUUGAGUCUCCUACAAUAAGCCAAGUUCUGUGGGAGGCAAAAAGUCCUCUUAUUAUAAUCACCCAGUAAUUGAAAAGUUCUCAAGGGCAUGGCCCUUCCAGCACCAAAAAGCAAUUCGUAUUUUAAAAGAUAAAAUGACACAGGGAAGAACAAAGCGCCAUGCUGGCCUUCAGAUUUCGGUCUUGAGUAAGUCACUGACCCUGACCAGGGCUGAGCUGCUCGUCUGUGGGCCUGCGUCCCCCUCCAGUCAGUGAGGACACUGGGCUAGAUGAGUUCCAAGAGGACUCUUCCAGCCACAGAGAAAUUCUGUUACUCUCUGAUUUUACCUGAAAAUGACCGUAGUUGACAUGUAUGUGGCACGGUACAGGCUCUCAAGCACUGUUGUACGCACGCGUCUCUUGUUAACUCACGUCCGGCAUGUUCCUGAGGCUGCGCCGGAGAGAUCUGGGGAUUGUCAGCCCUGUGUGCCAGUAGGUUAAGUGGAAAAAAAUGAUGAGUCUCCUCUUAUCUAAGAACUUCAACCAAUUACUCAAACGCUUAAAAAUCCACUUACUAUCUGUCAAGGAUUUCUGUAUCAAAAACCCUUUUUUAAAAACAUCACCUAAUGUUUAGCUCUCAGCUCACUGAUGGACACGUUUGUGUCCAGGACACAAUAUUCUACAGUAUUAGUUAAAAAUUGUAUCUUGCUUCAGUGAACUUGUAAAAUAAAAAUAAGCAGUAAAAUAAUGUAUCAAGAUACAUAAUAAAUGAGGUUAGCUCAAACAAAGCCUUUUGCAAAUGGCUUACGUACCAGUGAAGGUUUUGCAGGAUGGCAGGGGUGGAGGGGAAGACGGGCAGGCUGGACACCAGCAACGCCGGAGGGAAGCAGAUGUCUGAGAUCCAUCCAGUGUCCGCAUUCAAGACAACAGCAGACCGUCUUCUAGGCCCUGCAUACCCCGGAAGUGGACGGUGAGAGCUGGAAUAUUCGAGUUCCUGCGAACCCCCGACAGCCUGGGAUUCUGCCUGACAUUGUGCUUUUGAACGUGGUCCAUUCACGUCAUCAUCCUGCUCUCCCACAGCAGAAGCAUUAGAUCUGCACGUUCUAUGUACGUUUAAAGAUUUGGCCUUUCACUCUGAUGCGCGGAUAAUGAUCAUCAAUUUGAAAGAGCUUCUCAGUAAUAAGUCUUUUUGCUCUUCAUUAGCAAACAUUUUUACUGUCCACUGUGCUCUCACCAAGCAUCAUCACUUUCUAAAAGCCCUGAAAGGCAGCAAAAAUUUUACCGACCGUUUUUUCCCUAUUUCACUUGUCAUUGUGGUGACACUUCUCUCCACACCUGGUAAGUGCAUUUUAUGCCUUGAUGGUAAAAACUCUUCUGUGAAUCCUUCAUCACAGUUCUGUCAUCGUGUGAACGCACCGUGUCACAUACCUUAUCAUCUGCUAACGUGCCUUCAGGGUGGUGAUUCCUUCAUGUGAAGGCUACAGUAAAGAUAUAGAAGAGCCACAAGACCACACAGAUACUACUUGUAACUGAAAGCUCUAGAAGGAAGCCCAAAAGCAUCUCCUUUAAACAAGCCUUGUAGGAAAGAUUUUCCUUCUUUAUGUACGUUGUCUGAACACGCUGCAAUGGGCCAGGCACUCCUCACCAUUUCCCAAGGGCCCUGGGGUUCUGGAAUGAUGUACCAGCAAAGGUUUUGGGUUACAUGAGCCUCACAGUUACCAGCUAAAAGCAGUAUUAGCUUGUCUUUAGAUGUAUUAUGUCCUGGCACUUUUUCCUUAUCUUCUGAAAUAAAUGUAACAGACGGCAUGUGCUUUUAGAAAACUCAGGUUCAGCAAGAUUGGAAAUUCACUCUGUGAUAAAACCUUCGGGUGUGGCUGAGGUUCAUAGGGACAUGCUGCCGCCUCCGGAACAGAAGCUGCCUCACCCACUGCCUUCAAAGCAUGUUUAAUGCGGUUCUUAAAUCUCGAAACUUUGAGAUUUAAAACUGGAAUUCUUUUUUUUUUUAAUGUUUUAUUUAUUUUUGCGAGAGAGAGAGACAGCCUGAGCAGAAGAGGGUC